ACAAUCAAAAAUGCAGCAGCAACUGCUCUCUCCUUAGUUCUCUUCUCUAUAUUUCUUUAUUUUUCUGCAUAGCAUUUUUUUUGUGUGUGGGUUAAGUUUUGUGCAUAGCCCUAGUCUUAAAGCUUAAUAAUCUCCAUAAGAGAAGAUGGAAGCUCCACGGCCAGCUUUCAAAUGUUUCGAUGACGAUGGCAAGCUUAAACGUUCAGGGACGGUUUGGACCGCGAGUGCUCAUAUUAUAACGGCGGUGAUUGGAUCUGGUGUCCUAUCGCUUGCAUGGGCCAUUGGUCAACUCGGUUGGAUCGCAGGUCCUGUUGUGAUGUUCUUGUUCUCUUUUGUCACUUACUACUGUUCUACUCUUCUUAGCGACUGCUACAGAACUGGAGAUCCUGUCUCUGGGAAGAGAAACUAUACUUACAUGGAUGCUGUCCGAUCAAUCCUAGGUGGGUUUAGGUUCAAGAUCUGUGGUUUGAUUCAGUAUUUGAAUCUCUUCGGUAUCACGAUAGGUUACACAAUCGCAGCAUCUAUAAGCAUGAUGGCGAUCAAGAGGUCCAACUGUUUCCACGAGAGCGGUGGGAAGAACCCGUGUCACAUGUCGAGCAAUCCAUACAUGAUCAUGUUUGGUGUUACCGAGAUUUUGCUCUCUCAGAUCAAAGAUUUUGAUCAGAUUUGGUGGCUCUCCAUUGUUGCUGCGAUCAUGUCCUUCACAUACUCCGCAAUCGGUUUAGCUCUCGGAAUCAUUCAAGUCGCAGCAAACGGGGUUGUCAAGGGAAGUCUCACAGGGAUUAGCAUAGGGGCAGUGACUCAGACACAAAAGAUAUGGAGAACCUUUCAAGCACUUGGAGAUAUUGCCUUUGCUUAUUCAUACUCUGCUGUUCUUAUCGAGAUUCAGGACACUGUAAGAUCUCCUCCAGCGGAAUCAAAAACGAUGAAGAACGCCACAAGAAUCAGCAUCACUGUUACAACGACGUUUUACCUGCUAUGCGGUUGUAUGGGCUAUGCAGCUUUUGGAGAUGCAGCACCGGGAAACCUUUUAACCGGUUUUGGUUUCUACAAUCCGUUUUGGCUUCUCGACGUGGCCAACGCUGCCAUUGUAGUCCACCUCGUAGGAGCUUACCAAGUCUUUGCUCAGCCCAUUUUCGCCUUUAUUGAAAAACAAGCUGCGGCUAGGUUUCCCGACAGUGACUUGGUAACCAAGGAACACGAAAUCCGAAUCCCCGGUUUGAAAUCACCGUACAAGGUCAACGUUUUCAGAACGGUUUAUCGGAGCGGGUUUGUGGUUUUGACCACCGUGAUAUCGAUGCUUAUGCCGUUUUUCAACGACGUCGUCGGUAUUUUAGGAGCGUUAGGGUUUUGGCCUUUGACGGUUUAUUUUCCGGUGGAGAUGUAUAUAAAACAAAGGAAGGUUGAGAGAUGGAGUAUGAAGUGGGUUUGUUUGCAGUUGUUGAGCGCUGGUUGUUUGAUGGUCACGUUGGUCGCAGGAGUUGGUUCCAUCGCCGGAGUAAUGCUUGACCUUAAGGUUUACAAGCCGUUCAAGUCUACUUAUUAAACAAAACCAUGAUGAAGUUGAAGUUGAAGUUGAAGAAGAAGAAGUGUUGGAGGAAAACAAACAAAAGAUACAAAUUUGGUGGCUAAUUUUAAUAUAUAUUUCAUUUGGGGAAAUGUGAAUAAUGUAAAAGUUUCUUCGUUUCGUAUAAUUUUAAUAUAUAAACACAUACAUCAUGUGUUCUGAAGGUAAAAUUAA